AACAGCAAGGAUUGAGUGAGUUUGGCACUGGCGACGACGUCGGCACGAGUCUUUGCUCUGUCCCUGGUGUCACCGCCGCAUGGAAAGGACCUUUUGUGUGAACUGUAUUUGAGGGUGGGUGCGUUUGAGCGUUCUAGAUUUGAUACUGGUGUAAUUAGUGUCGUGAUGCUGCCGAUUGGUUAGAUGGUGAUUUAGGUGUAAAGUGCGAACUGUGGAAGUUGAUGCAUGGUGUUAAAGUUGAAAAUUUCUCAAGUCAAGGUUACGUAGUAUCAAAAGACAGGUUUUGACGCACCCACACAACGCAAAGAUCAAUUGUCGAAAACAAUAUUUCUUACGACUAGUGACACACAGGAAAAAAGAACAAGCAGGGUAGGGGAGCAAAAUAUAUCGGAACGAUUCAGCAUCCACCCCUCACCAUCCUGUGAACCAGCUGUAUUUGGAUGGGUGUCUGUGUGUGGUGCCACUGAGGGUGUUCGAAAGUGCGCACUGUGUGUGUUGGUGUCUUGGCUAGAGAAUUGGAGCGCGCCCGAAUGUCUGCCCGAAAUCGGUCGUGUGUAAAUCAGUUGGUUCGUGAUCCUUGCCGCAGCCAGUCGUGUGCAAAAAACUAGACCAUCUUCUCAGUUUCAGUACCGUUGUACUUUUCAUGGACACCUACGGUAUAAGUUGGGAGCCUUUGACUCCCUUAUUGGGUAAGACAUUCCUAGUAGAAGGGGGUAAAAAGGCGUAAAAGCUUUAUCGUUCUACAAGGGCGGAAGCCGUAAGCAAAAGUUGCUGAACUCUAAAGGAGAUUGCGUGUUUGGGUCUCAUUACGUGGGUAUUAAAAAUUGUUUAAAGCCGGAAGAAAAGCACUACCAGAUAGCAAUAACUACCUUCGCCGUCUGCAAGUGUUUUUGGUCUGAGAUUGCAUGACUCGCGAGGGUUUUCCACCAUCAAUGGAGUGUGGGUAUGAGCGCGUUUUUGUGUGCUGUUAAAUGUGAAUAGCAAGAAGUAUUAUAAUAUCAAAAAUAAAAAAAAAAAAACAAAGAGAAGAGAGAAUAGUAUGGAAAAAGCACUGAAGCAGUGGUUGCGAAAAGGAAAAUUUAGCACGCAAGUGGCCACAAGAGUUCUGCAGUGAAAAAUCGUUUUCCACCAAAGUGUGACGCGAAACUGGGGAUGUGUGUGAGGGUCCUUCAGCAGCAGGGUGGGAACCCAUUUUCCAGAAAGAAGUCGUCUGCACAUUGCUGCUGAGGCAAGACUGAAACAGCAAACGCGUGUUCCGAGAGACGUCAGUGGGGGUCGGAGAACCAUUUUUUGUGCUACUUGCGGGUGCUCCAGUGUUCGGUGAAUGUCCUAUACACGGUUUGGUAGUGCAGUCCUGGCCAAAUAGAUAUUUUGAAAACUAGUUUUUGUCGCGAACGGAUAGUGAAAAGUGCAACUGGGGAAGUUGAACGAGCGAUUUAGGAUUUGAUAAUUAGCUGUUUGUGAUUGUACGGUGUUAGCUAUUGUGUCCGAAUAAAUUGGAAUGUGAUUUUGAUAGCGGAUACAUUUGAAAAAAGAUUCGACAUCGAAAGAGCAGCACAUUUUGAUCAUUUAUAAGAAAAACAUGAUCGUUUCUUGACCGGAAAUUGCUUUUCACCACUCACCGCUGCCAUUUUCAUAGCUCCUGCCCCAGCCAUUACCAUCCCUCCCGUAGGACCAGAGCAGUUCUGGACGACCAACGCAAUUCGAGGAGCAGAUCAGAACAGCAGCAAUUUCGGUUCUACCGCACUCUCUCUCUCUCUUUCUGUUUCUCGUCAUCAUUGGGAGCUCGCUGGCGCAAUCGAUUUCGUCAAAAUUGUCGCCCCACGGCAACCCGGUGGUGGGGUGGUCGGUGGAGGAGGAGCAGCAGCAGGAAGGGUUGUUGUUGUAGCAGCAGCAGCAGCAUCAGGACAACUCCGUGUAUCGUUCCCGACGAGCUUGGCCCCGUGGUGGAACAACGACGCUGGCCGGGACGACGCAGAGAGAUGAGAUGAGGCUGCUACACGGCGUUAGUUUCAUCAUUUUCGCUGCCGUUUCAGUAUGCGCGGGAAAUCCUGAUGCAAAACGUCUCUACGAUGAUCUUCUCAGCAACUACAACAAACUAGUUAGGCCUGUUGUGAAUGUCACAGACGCAUUGACCGUAAAAAUAAAGCUCAAACUGUCCCAACUAAUUGAUGUGAAUUUGAAAAACCAAAUUAUGACCACCAACCUAUGGGUAGAGCAGACGUGGUAUGACUACAAACUCAAGUGGGAGCCAAAAGAGUACGGUGGCGUGGAAAUGCUGCACGUUCCCUCCGAUCACAUCUGGCGGCCGGACAUUGUGCUGUACAACAACGCAGAUGGAAACUUCGAGGUGACACUGGCCACGAAGGCCACCCUCAACUAUACGGGCCGCGUCGAGUGGCGGCCACCGGCCAUCUACAAGAGUUCCUGCGAGAUCGACGUGGAGUACUUUCUCGAUGAGCAAACGUGUGUGAUGAAGUUCGGCAGCUGGACGUACGAUGGCUUCCAGGUAGAUCUUCGUCACAUCGAUGAAGUUAACGACACCAACGUGGUGGAGGUGGGUGUGGAUUUGUCCGAAUUCUACACUUCGGUUGAGUGGGACAUCCUCGAAGUUCCUGCAGUGAGAAAUGAAAAAUUCUACACAUGUUGUGACGAACCGUAUCUUGAUAUCACCUUCAACAUAACUAUGCGUCGCAAAACACUGUUUUAUACCGUAAACUUAAUUAUUCCUUGCAUGGGCAUCAGUUUUCUAACGAUACUGGUAUUUUACCUGCCGUCGGAUAGUGGUGAAAAGGUAUCGUUAAGCAUAUCCAUCCUGCUCUCGUUGACUGUGUUCUUCUUGCUGCUGGCGGAAAUCAUUCCACCGACGUCACUAGUGGUGCCACUGCUGGGAAAAUUCGUACUCUUCACUAUGAUCCUCGAUACGUUCAGUAUAUGUGUCACCGUGAUUGUGCUCAACAUUCACUUCCGAUCGCCACAAACGCACACGAUGGCUCCGUGGGUGCGCACGAUCUUCAUCAACCAUCUGCCGAAGCUGCUGGUGAUGCGCCGUCCAAUUUACCAGCCGCUGCACCAUUUUAGUGCCGCUUCGCAAAGAUUUAUGUUGCGCUCAUGCCGUGGAAUGGCCGGCGACAAUAUCCCACCGCUGCCGCCGACUAUUGCGUUUGAUCCCUCGGUGCUACUCGAUCAUCAUCUGCUCGAUUCCAGCGACAGCAUAAACACAUGCCGAUUACACGGCAGUCCAACGCAUCAUCCUCAUCACCACCACAGCGGUGGCGGCAGCCAUUAUCACCAUCAUCUGAUGGAUGACUUAGCACUGCCCUACCAGGAUCACAACCAUCACAAUUCGCCGAUGUCGCCGAUAAAUCUGAAUCUGCUGUCAUCGGUCAGCACGGCAGUGCCCAAUCCGCACCAGACGGUGCCGUCCGGUGGAGGUGGCCUGUCGAGUGCCGGCGCGGCUCUGCUUGAUCCCCAUAGCGCCUUCCAGACGAACCUGGCGGGUGGACUCCUCGGAGUAGGAGCCGGCAAAACUAGCACCAAUGUGAUAAUUAACACUGCAACUAACACUACUACUAGGAGUAAUCUAAGCUGUUGUAAUAAUCUUUUCCUCAACGAUGGACGAACCGGCGGUUUAGAUAGUAGUAGCGCUCAAUUAACAAACAAUAACAUCCUGGGCAUUGACGCGUCGACGGCCGUGCCAAGUGUGCCGAUCAUCAACACGACGGUGGACAGUGGCCUCGGUGGAAGUGGCGGCGGCACCACCGACGGUGGCAGCAAGGAUAAAUCGUCGGUGGGCGCGCGGAAUCGAUGGCUCACGUGCCCCGAGCUGCACAAAGCGAUGGACGGAGUCACGUACAUCGCGGACCACACGCGGAAGGAGGAGGAAAGCACAAGGGUAAAGGAAGACUGGAAGUUUGUGGCGAUGGUGCUGGAUCGGCUAUUUCUGUGGAUCUUCACCAUCGCGGUGGUGUUCGGAACGGCCGGCAUCAUCCUGCAGGCACCAACGCUGUACGAUACCCGAGUACCAAUCGAUAUCAAGAUGUCGGAGAUUGCGACGACCACUGCAAAACCGUACAUUGCCAAACCGGUGUUAUAAUCAAGCACCCGUUACCCGCUACCUAUAUUCUUGGUGGUCGUCGUCGUCGUCGUCCUUGGCCCGGAGUUGUUACCGCGGUAAAGCGCUGCUUCUUGCUUUUGUUCUUCGGUUUUUUUCACUCCCGUGGAAGACAAGGCCAGAAGAUUUAACACCCAGCGGGAUCUACAACAUCUAUAUCAGAGAGCCGAGUGGGACGGGAAGGACUAAAUAAAAGAUAGACUAGAGAAGAAGGAAAAAACUGGGGCCGUUCAACACGCGUGGACGGUGGAGGUUGUAGACAGAAGAAAGUUUAUAAAGUAUUUUUAAUUCCUCUCAAGUGGUUUAACAUUGAAGGAGCACAAAAAAAGUUGAAGUACCAGCAGAGAAUAUAAAAAAGUGUGUCUUGUUUCCAUUGUUUAUUGAGAGGACUGAACUGUUUAAAAUUUUAUUAACGUUUUAAACUUGCUGUAGAGAUUUUCGAGCGUCAAAUUGAGGUUAUCUAGGAGAACAACAGUUUUUCUUUUUGUAAUUGCCCUCAAGAGUAAGCACACAACACCUAGAAAAAGUUAUACCGUUGUAAUUAGAUGAUUGUUGAAAAGAAAUGUUACUAUCGAGUUGGAAGCGUGAAUGGAUCUUUAGUAUGUGGUAAACCAGAGGACGGUGCAUUUAAUCAAUUUACGUCACAUGAUAGGCGCGAUGACGUGUAAGGAUUAAUAUGUUCGUUAGGUUAGUUGAGAUUUUGUUGUAGAAUAUGUGUAUUUUCCGUUAGCAGGUUCAAAACCAACUGAUGAAAAAAGUAAUGUUUUCAAAUUAACAAAAUGUUCACUGCCAGAUCCUACAGGUUUUGCGUUCAAUUCACUUAACAAAACACGGUGAUAUUAGUUAAAAUUUCACAAAAAAAAACCAAACCAAUCUCGUAUUCCUAACGUAGCUACCUAUUUAACUGUCGAGAAAACUUCUUUCCCUUCGUUGCGAUUCGCCAUCAGUUCUGUCUUUCCUUCACGCUUCAGAAGUCACAACGAACACACUUCAUACAAAUUAAUCAACUUGAAUGUUUAUAAAGCGCACACUCGUGGAGAUUUAAUCCAUGUGCUCAAAAAUCGAGAUUAUCCGUUUUUCAAUGUGAAAUCGACUAAGCAAUUGUCUCGAAUAAUUAUUAGGAACAACUUAAAACAUCAUUUGGACGGACUCAAUAAUACUGGAUUGAGCUGGCACACCUUCAUCAUCAUUCGUAAACCAUACCCAACACGAACAACUCAGAAUGCACAAAUACUACCAACGAAGAUAUCAUUCACUGGCAGAACAUAACACAAAUCUUAAAUUCACUAACAUGAAUCAAAUCUAGCUAAAUUAUAAUAGUUCUAUUGCUCUAAAUACCUUAAUCUUUCACAAGCUCGACACGUUUUUCCCCUCACCACACACGUUCACCUCCCAACCCACUCACUUUUCAAGGUGAAUCGAACCAAAAACUAAAUAGAAUCACACUUAGCAAACUCACACAAAUCAAACGUUUACUUGCUCACUAGAAGAGAGGAAAAGAACUCACCUGGAAAUAGAAAAUGUUCUCACACACUCACUUACUCACUUCUGCUCACAUCUUUCACCUUGAUAAACCAACCAACCACACAAUGUAUCACAAACAUUCAACUAGGAAAAAAUCAAAUUACUAAUAGACACACACACAAACAAAACAAAACAAAACAAAACGCUGAAAGAAGGAGAAACAAGAAGAAGGGAUAGCGCAUGAUUUUUAUAGCCAGUGAAAGAAAGCGAACAGCUAAAGUAAUAGCAACUAACGACAAAAAUUGAAAUAAAAGGUUAACUUAAAACGGAAACAAAACACUAUUAAAUAUUUUAUUUUUUAAACAAACAAAACAACAGAGUACUAUGAUAAAAAAGUAAAAAAGGGAAGAAAAUACGUUUAUAUACAUAGCUAAACAAA